AUGGGUUUCACCGACUUCGUCUCUGAUGCCGGCCUGACUCUGGCCAACAACUACCUGGCCACCCGCAGCUACAUCGUUGGCGAUGCCCCCAGCCAGGCCGAUGUUGUGACCUUCAAGGCCUUCAGCGCCGGCCCCGACGCUGCCAAGUUCCCCCACGUUGCCCGCUGGUACAAGCACAUCGCCUCUUACGAGAGCGAGUUCUCCACCCUCCCCGGUGACUCCUCCAAGGCCUUCACUGCCUACGGCCCCGAGUCCACCGAGCUCCCCUCCAACCCCAAGGACAAGCCCGAGGAGGACGAGGAGGAGGAGGACCUCUUCGGUUCCGACUCUGAGGAGGAGGAUGCCGAUGUCGUUGCUGAGCGCAACAAGCGUCUCGAGGAGUACAAGGCCAAGAAGGCCGCCAAGGGCCCCAAGCCCGCUGCUAAGUCUCUGGUGACCCUCGAGGUCAAGCCCUGGGACGAUGAGACCGACCUCAAGGUCAUGGAGGAGAACGUCCGUGCCAUCGAGAUGGACGGUCUCGUCUGGGGUGCCUCCAAGCUGGUCGCCGUCGGCUUCGGUAUCAAGAAGCUCCAGAUCAACCUGGUCGUCGAGGACGAGAAGGUCUCCACCGAUGCUCUCCAGGCUCAGAUCGAGGAGGAUGAGGACCACGUCCAGUCCACCGACAUUGCUGCCAUGCAGAAGCUGUAA